ACACCGUCUCAUUUCACCUCCGUCUCCGAGCAGCUUGGUCCUCCUUUGCUUUCGGGGGGGGUUUAAAUUGUGUUACGUUUAAUUUCCCUUCUGUGUUGAAGAAGUGCCAUCAAUUUAAAACCCUCACCGGGAGGAUCGCCUCUCGCCGCUGGGAAGAGUGAAGUUUCAACCCGCAGCUGCUGCUCUGGAGACGGGGGGACCCGAGCCUUCACGGUCCUACAACUCCUCACCUCCUUUUCUUUAAUCACACAUAUAUAGAGAUAGAUCUAUUUUUGUGGAAGUUAUUGCCUUCUUCAGUGAAGUUUUCAUCAUGACUCGGAGAUCAUGUGUCAUUUACGCCACCGGCAUCGUCUGCGCUCACCUCCUGAUCGUGGGGAUCGCCCUGGUCGUGGCUCAGGUCUUCCAAACGAUGAUCCACAGUCGGCUAAAAAAGGAAAUUACGUUGACAGAGAAGAGCCAAGUGUUUGAGUCAUGGAAGAACCCACCCCCGCCUGUUUACAUGGAGUAUUACUUCUUCAACGUGACCAAUCCUGAGGAGUUUCUGGCAGGAGGGAAGGCGUCUGUCAAACAGAUCGGCCCUUAUACUUACAGGGAAUACAGGCCACGGGAAAACGUCACUUUCCUGGAGAACGGCACCAAGGUUUACGCUCUGAAUCCCAAAUCUUUUGUCUUUGUCCCUGAGAAGUCGGCUGGUAACCCUGAGGUGGACAUCAUCAGGACGAUCAACAUCCCAUUUGUGGCGGUGAUGAACGAGUUGAACUCCUACAGCUUUUUUCUGCGUACCAUGGUGUCCAUGUAUGUGAGCAGCCUGGGAGUCGACCUCUUCAUGACUCGCACUGUCCACGAGGUUCUCUGGGGCUUCAAGGACCCUCUCAUGUCAAAGAUCCAUAAAAUAAAGCCAGAAGUGGACGAAUACUUUGGGCUGAUGUGGAAGAAAAACGGCACUCACGAAGGAGAGUUUGUGUUCCACACCGGGGAGCAGAACUACUUGGAUUAUGGCAAGAUCGACACCUGGAAUGGCCUGAGGGAAAUGUCCUGGUGGUCAUCCAAUCAGAGCAACAUGAUCAACGGCACCGACGGCGCAGUCUUCCACCCACUGAUCGACAGGAACGAGCUGCUGUACAUCUUCGCCGCUGAUCUCUGCCGGUCUAUUCAUCUGGCCUACGUGGAGGACGUGGAGGUUAAAGGAAUCCAGGCUUACCGCUUCGCUCCCCCCAGCGACGUCCUCAUGAGCCCCAAGCAAAAUCCCACCAACGAGGGCUUCUGCGUGCCGGCAGGAGACUGCCUCGGCACCGGGGUGCUGAAAGUCAGCGUUUGUAGAGAAGGUGCUCCCAUCGUUGUGUCCUUCCCCCACUUUUACCAGGCCGACCCCAAGUACAUAAACGCUGUUGACGGGCUUAACCCCAACAAGGAGGAGCAUGAGACAUACCUGGACCUGCAGCCGACCACAGGUGUUCCUAUCCGCGCCUGCAAGAGGGCUCAGCUCAACAUCAUCGUGAAAAGAAUCCAAGGCUUCCCCAAAACAAAGUUCCUCAAUGAGACCAUUUUCCCCAUCAUGUUUGUAAACGAGACGGCAACUAUUGACGAAGACUCGGCGUCUCAGAUGAGGACCCUUCUCCUGAUUGUCACUCUCGUGUCAAACUUCCCCCUUCUCAUCAUUGGGAUGGGCAUCAUCCUGCUGCUGGUGCUCGUUGUGUUGUUCUGCAGGAAUCGGCAGAAAAAGAAUGAAGUAAAACGUAUUGAUUUUACUGAAGCUUUUCAUUCUUUUACUACGGCGAAAGACGACACUGCAUACACACAGGUCAGCGACAAACCGGAAGACUCGUCAGAAAAACCGGCCAGCCAGCCGAUGAAGAACGGCUCCUACAUCGCCAUGUCUCCAGUGGAGGCCCAGAAGUGUUGAUUGAGGACUCCCCUCCUCUAGCGUGGAGAAUAAGGAGGGGUCUGAGGGAGCAGCACAGGGGAGGUGUGGGAUGUUUAAUUACCGUGGGUGGGGGAGGACUGGAAACACAGCGGGACACAAAACCAAGAUAUUGUUUAGCCUACAAAGACAUUGAUCUUCUUCCUGAGCACUCUUCUGUCUAUCCUCCUCCGCUCUACCUGCCAAGCAUGGCCGCCACUGCCUGCAGGACCGCAACACAACCUAACCCCUCCCCCACAGCGUGCAAAACAUCUCCGUCCUGGUAGGCCCCGAACAUGAAGGGACUUCUUAAACUGGAAAGGAGGGUUCAACCAGGAAUUAAAAAAAAGGGUUUUCCAUAAUUACACCGAGGCCAAAUUAAAAACGGGGCCUAGAUGUCGCUGUCGCACACGGAUGCAUGAUCGUCUGAGCAGACCCCACAUACGAAACUCAGUGUUUAGCACUAAUUCGAACAAAAGGGGGCGUUGUUACAGUCGUACUCUGUCAGUGUUGCGAGAAGAGGAAAAACUUGGAGCCUUCAGAAUAAAUAAAGCCCUUAUAAACCAGAAACCUUCAGGAGGAAAACCUCCUGGAAUCAGGCGAGUUAACAGUUUUGCUAAUAAAAAUUUACUUAGUAUAUUUUAUAAAGGAAAAUAAAAAUCAACUGAGCCUUUGUUUUCUAAUACGAGUUUGUGCAGUUGCCGGUUAGACACGUUGCACCUCCUGUGCGUCAGUGAAUCUGCGUGUGCGCCUUUAUUUUGAAACAAACUACUGUUUUCUUUCCUAUUGCAGGCACAGUUUAGUCUGAAAUCUGAUCUACUCAUGAUUCUCACCGCUUCCUCCUCUUCCUUUGGGUCCCUUAAAACACUAUUUACAGAAUGGAGACAUUCAAAGUCCUCCUUGAUUUGAGGCAUCUUUGCUUUAAAAUGAUUGAAUACAUUUUCAGAAAUUAUCAGCAAAAAAAAAAAAAAAGGAAACACCGUCUUGACUUACAAGGGAGACUUGAACCUGCUUUCUGCCUUACCAGGGUUCAGCGUAUUCUACAUGUUCAGAUAAGCUGGAAACACUUCUACUGUACAUAUGUAAAGGGGAACUAACUGAGAUACCUCUGACCAAAUCCAGCUGGCAGUCCUGGGCGUGCUGAGAGACACUAACUUAACUCCAGUGUCGACACUUUUCCUCGUCCUCACUGCUACCUAAUAGAGAUGAAAAGCACAAUUUGGAUUGCGGGAAUCUUUGUUUUUUUUUGUUGUAUUUACAGCUGAUCUGUCAGAGACACUGUCAGGUGCCGUGCUCGGUUCAGACCGGGACCCCGCUGUGCCGCUCGCCGCUGUGCUCUCAUUCAUUUUGCCAAGGAGCUGCAGGCGUUCAGGCAGGCUCAGCACACAGCACUUGAAAAUCCCUGUUUUUGUCUUUCGUCUACUGUGAGUUUUACCCUCUGUGUCCGCCACAUUUAUCAGACCCCCUCCUCAGGCGCUCUCUGGUAGAGAGUGAAUCUAAGGCCAUAAUACUGUCAACUUUCCUGCACUUUGUCUGGAAAAUAGUGCCAGUCUGUUUUUUACGUGUCAUUUGUCCUAAUUGUUUCAGUUCAAGUGGUCCGCAUGAGUUCAGCACAUUUCAAAAGUUGUUCUUUGUGACCUGCUUUCAGACACCAGUUGGAGCGUCUUCUUUUUGAUAUUCUUGUGUUUUUUUUUCUUUUGUAUUUGUUACUGCUGCUAAAUUUGCCAUAAUCUAUGGUCUCAGAUUUGUAUUCACCACCUAGUGCUCUCUUCGGGUCUCUGGAGGCUUUUUCUUUCUUUUUUUUUCAGGACCUAAGGAUGAGACGCAAAGCCAAAAGCUUGCUGCCAUCUAACAGAUUAGCAAUUAAUAAUCAUCUUUAAAUCAAUCAUACUAAAUUCCCUCAUUUAUUUGAUAGAAAAGGAUCAUUACAUAUCAUAAAGUAUUGUUUUAGGGGCUGUUCUAGAUGGUUAAAAUAACUUUAAAGGGGAAUGAGCCACUCUUGCAUAAUCUUUUCCUGAUUUUUCUUAAGUGUCCAAAAGAUGUAUUCAAUUUAUUUUUUUUUCUUCAAAACCUUCAUAAAAUUACUUUUAUAAGUGUAUUCCUGGAGCUGAUCUAACAGUUUGCCAAAGAGCUGAGCUCUUCCCCUUUAGUUAAAUCCACUCACUGAUCAACCUCUGUAUUCCACUGCUAUGCAUGUCGUCGCCGCCGCCACCUUGUGCAAACUCACAGUUCAUAGUCGUUCACCUUGCUUAAUAUCCCUAAAAUACCUUCAUCCAGGGAGCAGACUGUUCAAACAGCCGGGCCCGAUCCGCACUCCACUCCACCGACCCACGAGCCCAUUGGCUCAUCCCUGCUCGACCAAAGAUAACCCCAAUCGAUCCGCUCGGGGCGCCGUGUUUGCUCUCUGUGAUAACUGCUGUGCCACUAAACCGCCACCGCCUAACUUUGAAGAGUAAGGGAAAAAGAAAAAAAAAGUUUUGCCAUCACUUAUUAUGGGAAGUAUUUGCAACCGUGAUGUGAACACAGGUAUGAGUGUGUGCCUUUAACACGAAGGCAAAAGAUUUUAAAUAAAGACAACAGAUGGGUAUUGCUUCGGCUUCUUUCUUAAACUCAGUGCAGAACUUGAGUAAUCGGAGCACCUUGAGCAGCAAAAUCUCAGUAUUACGUAAGACUAAGCAAUACAGAGUUGUGGAAAAAAAAUUGUGAAUGUGUUGUUUUUGUUUUUUUUUAAAGGGGCCACGUGAUAUUUAAGUUUUUCCAAGUUUUUGUAAGUUGUAUUACUUUCCUUCUUAUUAUAGAGUGAUUUAGUACUUUUCUUUUGUCCGCUCAUUUUGUUGUCGAUCCUUUCAAUCUUUUAUUUGUAUGAAAAAUAUUUAAAAAAAAGUGUAAAAGUUGGAUCAGUUAGUAACCCAGUGCUGUGAAAAGUCUGUGAGAGUGGUUAACAUUUCUGUCAAACUGGAGUGGUUGACUGGAAGGCUGAUUAUCUUGACUGGGUGUAACGUAUCUAGAUGAAUGAAGCCCUCCUUUGCUAAUUUAGUGCCAAACCAUUCCUUCUGUUACUCUGACUGAUCUGUUUUGUUUUUGUUUGUUUGUUUUUUAACAACCGUCUCCCGGUUUUGAUAUCCUAACAGACAUUUCCUUUGAGAUAUACUAACUUGUUUUGCUGCUGAAGAUGACAAUCCCCAACACUUUUGUCAUGUUAGGUGCAAAAUGAUUUCAAAGUAAUAUUCCUUUUUAGUUUUGAUAAUUUACACUGCACAAAUGUUUAUACAGUGCUUUUGUAAACAUUUCUAGUGUAUUUGCAAAAAAAAA